UUUAGACCACUGCGCCACCCGGGAGGCCCCGGGGAGGGAGCUUUUGAGAUCAGGAGGGAAGGAGGGGAGGGAGAUGUUUGAGAUGAGGAGGGGAGGGAGCUGUGAUUUGCUUGUGAGCAGUGAACAUAUGGCUGACAAGCAUUUCUCAUAGGACAUCACAGACAGGACAUGGGGUCAAACAUGCCUAUUAUCAAGAGGAGGGAGAGACAUGUCUGAAUCCUGCAGAGUCCAAUGGCCAUCCUGAUAUUAAUCAGUAUUUUGUUGUUGCCUGCACCAGCUGCAUCUGAGAAUGAAGUCACUGGGAUUAUAGGAGAGUCUGUUCUCCUGUCCUGUGACCUGAAAUCAUCCACGGCCAUCGACACAGCAAGACUCCGGUUCCAUUGGCAAGACGAGUCCGAAAGAGUGUUGUACUCGUUCGACAAAGGAGAAGAGAAUCAACAUCAGGAUAGCCUUUACACAAACAGAACUAAAGCCUUUCGGUCUGAGAUGAGUUCUGGGAAUAUGUCUAUCAAACUCAGCCAAGUAACACUUGAAGACAAGCAGAACGUCUACAGGGCUUUCGCUACAUUGUUUGGCGAGAAUGAUAAGCAUAACCACCCGUGUCGCACUACCCUACUUGUGGCAGCACGGUUCCCGACACCCAGUGUGACUGUGAACAAGACAAAUAUGAAUGCCACGUGUUCAACCCAGAGGGGAUACCCACAACCAAUGGUCACAUGGACCAUCCAGGACCGUGGGAACCGCACUCUGGACCCGUGGGAAGUACAGACCAAUAUUACUCUGGAUUCUGAAAGUGGACUGUACAACGUCUGGAGUCAAGUGAAUAUAACAGAAAAUCAGACGGUGACCUGCCAUAUCUUCAACCCCGUUCUGAGAGAGACUGUGAGCAACACAACCAUCGUCAGCCCCAGCAUUAACACAGACCCUGCAGGUGAUGUUCAGAAAGGCUUUACUCCCAUCAAUAUUACUCCCAUCAUUAUCACAAUAGUGGUCAUUCUAGUAUUGAUUCUGUUUUCCAUCGGGGGUUAUUUUGUGGACAAAAAACAGGACCUGAGCCCUUGGACCAUGCCUGAGGACUACCUGACAUGA